AUGCACUGCCUCGCGCUGCGGCUGCCGUGGCAGGUCUGGCGCACGCUGGCGACGCCGCGCCCUGGCACGUCGGCGCCGGGCCGCGCCGUCGACGCCUUCCUCGCGGAGCGGCGCGCCGCGGCCGUCGCCGUCGCGCGCGACGGCGGCGAGGAGGUGAAGGCGCUGGCCUUCGACGUCGACGGCGGCGGCAGCGUCGUCGCCGUCGUGCUGGCGUCCGACUCCGUGGACCCCGCGGCGCUCGCGCGGAGCGUCGGCGCGGGCGGCGCGCGGCUCGCGCCGGCGGCCGACGUGCCGGCGCGCGUGGGCUUCGACGUCGGCAGCGUGCCGCCCGUGGGCUUCGGGCCGGGCGUCGUCGCCGUCGUGGACGCGGCCGUCGCCGACUGGCCGUCGCGGCUCCAGGGCGGCUCCGGCGAGGGCGACCGGAAGCUCGUGCUGCGCGACGGACCGGAGCUCCUGCGCCUCGCGGGCGGCAGGAGCGCGGUCAUCGCGCGCGCGCGGCCCGGCCGGGACCCGGCGCCCGCGGCCGUCGGCGUCGACGCGACGGGCGGCCGCGCGACCGUCGUCGGCGUCGUCGUCGGCAAGCGCCAGAUGGCGCGGACGCUCUGCUUCCUGUCGCUGGCGCCCUCGGAGGACGCGGCCGCGUCCUGGCGCGCGCUCCCGUCCGGCCGCGGGGUCAAAGUGCAGGCCAUCGUCGGCGCGACGCUGGAGCGCGCCAAGGGCACGGAACAGGUCCGCAACGCGAUCCGGCGCCUGCGCUGCGGCCAGCGGGUCGUCGUCUCGGGCACGCCGACGUGGGCGGACGGGCCGACGCGCUGGGCGCGGUGGCGCGAGAAGCGGCGGCAGCUGCGCGACGGGCAGCUCGAUUUCAGAUGCGACGAGCUCGAGGUGCUGGGCUCGAAGGCGCCGCCGAAGCCGCGGCGGAAGCUGUCGCCGCGCCGCGCGGCCGACAAGGCGCUGCCGGUGCUGAGUAUGCCCGCGGACGUCCGCGUGGCGCGCGUCGACGACGCCGCGUCCGCCGCGGCCUUCGCGAGCGACGUCGGCGGUCGCGGCGACGACGUCGUCGGCGUCGACGCGGAGUGGGAGCCCGAGACCGACGGCCCCGCGGCCGUGCUCCAGGUCGCGACGCGGGCCGCCGUCUACGUGGUCGAUCUCGUCGCGCUCGACGGCGAGGCUCUGACGGUCGUCGGCGCGGCGCUCGACGCAGUCCUGGAGAAGGCUGUGGUCGUCGGCUUCGCCGUCGGCAACGACCUCGAAAGGGCGGCGGCGGCGCACCCGGCGCUCGCGGGGCUGCGCAACGCGACGACGCGCGAGCUCCGGGAUUACGCCGGCUCGUCGUCUUUGAGCGGCUUGGCGGGCGCGCUCCUCGGCGUACGGCUCGACAAGCGGCUCCAGUGCUCGGCCUGGGGCGUCGGCGCGCGGCCGCUUCCGGACGCGUGGGUCGCCUACGCGGCGCUCGACGCCUACGUCUGCGUCCUGUUGCACGACUCGCUCGCGGACCGCGGGAGCGACGCGGUCGCCGCCUUGGACGUCUCGGCCGCCGCGCCGCGCGCGGGCGACUUGAGCGCCGUCGACGACCCGGAACGGACGUCGGCGCUGCUCGGCCGCGGCCGCCAACGCGUGAACCACCCGAAGGACGACGCGCUGACGUUCGUCGCCGGCACGGACGGCGCGCUCUCCGGCUACGACAAGCGGUCCGGCGUCGUGCGGCUGCGGGAUUGCUCCGUCUUUUUUGUCAACUGGGACCCGCCGAAGCCGAACCGGAGGAGUCGGUACUUCGACCGCAAGUAUCCCAACGCGAUGAAACGCAAUGGCCACGGCGGUCUCGAGGUGAGCUGGUGGCCGCCGCGCGCGUUCGACGAGUCGCGCCUCGACGCCGAGCCCCUGCUGCUCUUCGGCAGGCGCGGCAAGGCCGAGUUUCUCUUCCUGGGCAAGCUGCGCUUCGCGCGGCCGCUCGCGGAGGACGACCCGACCGCGACGCCGGGCGGCUUGGUUUUCGAGCUCCUCGACGGCGAGGCGCUCCUCGCCCGCGCCGCGGACGACGCGCACUACCCGGGGCUCGGGGCUCUCUUGGAGCUGGGGAUGAAUCCCGACGGCGGCGGCUCGUAA